AUGAGUUAUAAUGCUGAUGAGGAUCAGAUCAAGGAUAAGCUGCAACAGUUGAGAUGUCACUUUACAUGGGAGUUGAUCAUUGAAGAGACAGAAAUACCGGAUUUAGAAAACAGGGUCUUGGAGGAGAUUAUGUUCCUGGACAUCAAAUACAACGUGGGAAUAUACAACUUACUGGCCUAUGUGAAGCACCUGAAAGGCCAGAAUGAAGAAGCCCUGAAGAGUUUACAAAAAGCUGAAGACUUAACCCAGCCAGAACAGGCCAACCAAUCAGAAGUGAGAAGUCUGGUUACCUGGGGCAACUACGCCUGGUUGUAUUACCAUAUGGGCCAACAGGCAAAAGCCCAGAUUUACCUGGACAAGGUGAAGAACACUUGCAGGAACCUUGGGAAGUCUUCCAGCUAUAGAAUGGAGUGUCCUCAGAUGGACUGUGAGGAAGGAUGGGCCUUGCUGAAAUGUGGAGGAAAGAAUUAUGAACGGGCCAAAGUCUGCUUUGAAAAGGCUCUGGAAGAGGACCCUGAAAACCCUGAAUUCAUCACUGGGUAUGCGAUCGUCAUCUAUCGCCUGGAGGGCUUUAACAAAGGACCACAGAGUGGUGCGGAAUUCUGUCUGAACCUCCUGAAACAGGCUGUCAGGCUAAAUCCAAACGAUGCGUACAUUAAGGCUCUUCUCGGCCUGAAGCUUCAAGAUGUAGAGCAAGAAGCUGAAGGAGAAAAGUACAUCAAAGAAGCACUGACCAAUGAGUCCUCUAAGACUUAUGUCUUUCGGUAUGCUGCCAAGUUUUACCGAAGAAAAGGCGCUCUGGAUGAAGCUCUUCGGCUCUCAAAAUUGGCCUUGGCGGAAACCCCCUCCUCUGCUUUCCAGCAUCACCAGACAGGGCUUUGCUACAAGUCACAAAUAAUCCAAAUAAAGAAAACUGCAAACUGUCAGCCUAAAGGACAGGAUAAAGAAAACAUCAACAGAAUGGUAUUAUUAGCCUUACAACAUUUCGAACGUGCUGUGCAACUAAAGCCCACAUUUGAGUACGCUUACACAAGCCUGGCAGAAAUGUACGCAGAAGCGGGUGAGCACAGAAAAGCUGAUGAUACUUUUCAAAAAGCGUUCAGCUUGAAAUCACUCGACAAAGAUAUGCUGCAACACAUACAUUUCCACUACGGCCGAUUUCUGGAACUUCACAAAAAAUCUGAAGUUGAUGCAAUUAGCCAUUAUUUAAAAGCAAUAAAAAUAGAAAGCACUUCAAUAGAUAGGGAUAAAAGCAUCAAUUAUUUGACAAAAUUGGCUUCAAAGAAACUCCGGAAAAAUCCAUCAGAUAUAGAAAGCUUGAGUAUCCUUGGGUUAAUCCACAAAGUAAAAGGAGAAAUGAAUGAAGCCCUGGAGUAUUAUGAGCGGGCCCUGAGGCUGGCUCCUGACUUGGAGAACUCUGCUGUGACCCCCAGGCACUGA